UGUGAUCAAUCCAAUCAACUUGUUAUUAUUAGUCCUUGUUUAUAUUGUUAUAUGUUGAGCCAGUGAAAGUGAUUUUUGUGAAAUCGGGAAACAGUUCAGUUCCGUUUAAUGAAGAUGAUUUCUAGUUUAUCUCGUGCAGUGUUGUAGUUAUGGCGAUCGCGCGUUCUGGUAAAGCCGGUACAACAACGUAAAUACAAAAAGUCCUUCACCUUGCCAAAACGACAUGGCGGGUUUUCGACAGCUUGAUCGGAAAGUUUUCCCGCUACAAGACAUUCCUUCGGUUGUAAAAUUUUUUAAGAAGGAAUUAGACAGGAAACCUGAACCUGAUUUAGCACUUCUAUCUAUUAUUGUCGGUGCUAUAGAAAAUUCCAUGACAUGUAAUAGGCCUUAUCCGGCUAAUAAUGAAAAUGAUGAGUUUGGGCAUCUUGUGCCUGUGGAAUACCACAUUGUGGAAACUCUUUACACUAAAUUUCACACUAUUAUUAAAUCAACAGUUGACAUGUCCUUGUACAGUGAUUUAAAAUAUGCCACUCGAGAACUAGUGAAGAGGGUAUCAGACGUUAUUUGGAAUUCCUUAACCAGAAGUUACUACAAAGACAGAGCCCAUCUACAGAGUCUGUAUAGUUAUUUAACAGGUAACAAGCUGGACUGUUUUGGUGUGGCCUUCGCAGUGGUGGCUGCUUGUCAGGUGCUAGGGUUCAGUGACGUUCAUCUUGCCCUGUCCGAGGAUCAUACUUGGGUUGUGUUUGGUGAGAACGGAGAUCAGACAGCAGAAGUUACGUGGCAUGGCAAGGGUAGUGAGGACAAGCGAGGUCAAGAGGUCACGCCCGGGGUCGGUUCUCACUCGUGGCUCUACGUCAAUGGCUACCCCAUCAUCUGUGACCGGUGGAUGGAGGUGGCAGCACUGGUGUCUACCAUCAACCCGUCGCUCAGUAUCACCAACGAUGUUGUCGAGGUGGCGCUACUGCAACAGGAGUUGUUGUGGGUGUUGUACGACCUCGGGCACUUGGCACAGUUCCCGAUCGCCAUAGGCAACCUGGCUGACCUGGAGGAGAUCAAUCCGACGCAGGGACGUCCCCCGUGCUCGUCGCUGUUCCAAGAAGCCAUCUUGUCUGCUCGCAAAUACUACAACAACCAACAUGUCUACCCGUACACUUACCAGGCGGGCUACUUCUACCGCCAUAACAUGUACAAGGAGGCUUUUGAGAGUUGGGCCAACGCCAGUGACGUCAUCCGCCUUUACAACUAUUCCCGAGACGACGAAGAGAUUUACAAGGAGUUAAUGGAGAUCGCUAACGAGUUGAUUCCUCACAUAAUGAAGGUGGUGAGCUCCGGCCACAGCGCUCGGUCGAUCCUUAAAGAUCCCGAGUGUUUUGCGUAUCUGCUGCGGUUCUACGACGGCAUCUGCCAGUGGGAGGAAGGUAGCCCAACCCCUGUGUUGCACAUCGGCUGGGCAAAACCCCUCGUCAACACUAUCUCUAAAUUUGAUGCAGAGGUGAGAUCACAAGUGGUUAUUUUACCAGGCGGUCUACUUGAAGGGUCAGAAAAGGACGGAAAAGAGGGUGGUGACGUGAUCAACAACAAUAACGACUGUUGUAAAACCCGUGAAGGCGAUCUGAUCUCCUCGCUGGAGUCCAAAGUCAAAGACAAACAAGCCGCACUUCACCCGAGCAUCGAAGCUCUGACUGCUGCGUGCGGCGAGAGAAUUCUCAACCGAGACUUUCUCAUUCAGGGCGGUGGAGAACCGUUUGUGGGCGGCGCCGAACUGGCAUCCUCAUCUAAUGUCGAUCUUUUGAAAACGGAAACCACUCAGCCGAAACUGGUGUUGCACAGUGAGAAGAUGAGAGGACUGAAGGAUCUUCUGUUGGCGGAGAAACUGAACACUCACGCCAUCAGUCUGCAACUGACGGCUCAGUCUCAGGUGCAGGUAGGUAAGAAGGUGAGGGAGGAGCAAGGAUUGGGCACCCGACCCAAGCGAACCAGGAGAGAGUAACUGAGGGUAAAAUCAAAACUUAUUUGAGGAGGGAUUCUGGGAGAUCGGAUUCGAAUUUUGAAAAUCAACUGUCGAUUCUGGUUUGUUUUAUUUACGAAAAUACAGUAAAACCCUAACCAACCAAAAAGAGGCAAGGCCGGUUUGGAUAACUCAUUUUUCAGUUAUUGAGUGUUUUUAAUAUAAGAAGUAUUUUAAUCCUAAGCGAUUCAACAUUCAACUUUAUUUCAUUACGUUACAACAUUCAAUUUUUACAUUGUUUCAAUUGUCAUCUUAAAAUCUACUAUUUUAUUUUCCCAGCUGCCAACUACCCGCUCUACAGCAGACAAAUCCUGUUGUCUAGCUUAUUUUCCUUUCCAAUGGAUUUUAAUAUUUUAUUAUGGCUUCGAUUUGGGGUUUGGUUAGAAUGGGGUUUACUGUACAUUUACAAAGCAUUCUCAACUUCAAUUGCAAGUAAGUUUUUUUGUUGUUUUUAAAGGUGACAAGUACUUAUUUAAUUAGUUUCAAUGGUACAACUUAUCCAUUUGAGGUUGAAUGGUAUGUGUCGCAAGAAUGUUUUGGUAAUUUUUAAUUUUUUAACAAUGCAUCUAAUCAAAAUGUUUUAAAACUUCAAAUGUAUUUAGAAAUUAAGUUAAAUGUUCCAAAUGUUACAAUAGAACAAUCUAUGUUUGGUUAAAAACUACUUCUAAAACAUCUUUCAGCACUCAUAUGUCCAUGUUGUUUAUAUCUUUCAACCUCAAAGGGUUAUAAAAAAACUAAUUUUGUCACAUGAAUGAUUUCAGCAAUUUUUUACAACUUUUUAUUACCGGUUAUAUUUUACAAACCCAGUUUUUGUUGUGUUAAAAACUUGUCAAAACGUUUGACAUUAAAAUGACAGAUGAUCUAUCUUUGAUUCCAUAUGCCAUCUUUUUCGAAUAUUGAGUAAGCAAUUUGGAGGCUUGUGUAAGUCGUAAAUUUUUUAGUCUACUCGUAAUCUCUAGUCCUCUACUAGGUUUAUGGAAGAUUAUGUGAUCAUCUCCUAAUCGGUGUUUGCCUUAGGGUUUGUUUUGUUUUAUUGCGCUUUUUACAAAGUCAUUUUCAAAAAUGAGAUUUUGAAGGUUAUUUAAAUUUUUAAUUUCAAAGCUGCAGUUUUAAUUUAUUCUAAGUGUUAUUUUUUAAUUGUUUCCUUAAUACUCUUGUUAAGUGUUUGACAUUGUUUUUGUUGUGAUAAAUGUCUAAUUUAUAAUUUUGACGCAAGCACUUAAAGUGUAUUUAGUCUACUAAGUUAUGUGAGCAGGCUUUAAAUGUUGGGUCAACGACUGAUCAUCGUUAUCAAUUAAUAAAUAAUUAAUUGUUGUUUUAUCGUUUACUUAUUUAAUGUUUUACAUUUUUUUGGAGUUGUUUAUUUCUAAGAGAAAAUUGGUACUAAAAUAUUUUGACGUGAAACUCCUUAUAUUAUUGAAUUUUUGAAGAGUUGGCUUACAUAUAAAGAAGUCGUUAAAGUUUAAGUCUUUAAACAAUCUGUUCGGAAAGAUAUAAACCAUUCUUUAAGCUUUAAGUAUGUUGACCCGAUAUCAAAACUGUUGCUUUUAGAUCUGUAUUUUUAGUGUUUUAGAGUAUAUUUUUUAUAUUGUACUCCCUAGCAGAGAUGCUGUUAUGUACUUAGGUCAGUUGGUUGGUGCAAACAUGGAAGGUGCACAUAAAAACAUUUUUGUAUCAUGUCAGUUGCAGAGUAAAAGUAUUCAUACUAUAAAGUUAUGUUAAGUUUUAAAACUUGUUGACGUUAGUAGUUGAUAUUCGAUCAAUUGUGAUCACAUCAUGAGUUUGUAACUUGAGACUUGGGUCUAUCACUGUAUAAUCUUUUCAGUAAUGUUAGGUCUUGGUUGUGCUUUUAACAUGGUUUAGGUUGUGGCACGUAUCACAGUGAAAAUUUGACCACACCUUUUUUUGACAUUAUGAUUAUGAAUACACUGAAACAACUGUUUAGGUUCCUCGAUACUGAUUUUGUCAAUGUAAACUUAUAAUUUGACCUCAUAAAAAAAUGAAAACACUGGAAUGAUGACAAAUGUAAAACUAUUAUCUACUUAAGGUUAUCCCACUUAAAAACCCCGUAUAAGGAUUCUUAAAUAUUUGUCAUUAAAUUUCAUUACCAUGAUGGAAAUGUAAUCUUUAAAUAAUUAGCUUUACUAAUAUUAAUAUAAGACGUAAUAUCCUUAGUAGUUUUGUUUUUUCAAACUUUCAUGUUUAAUUGGCUUAAAAAACUUGUUUUCAAGUUUAAAGAGGAAUUUUUGAAUAUUUAUUACCAGUUUUUGUAAACUAUUUAUUGGACAUUCACGGUGCCGCUAAAAUAAUUGCACUGUGGCUAAGUCACAAUUUGACAUUUGUUGUUUGUUGCAAUAUUUAAAAAAUGAAUAAUGUACAUAUUGUAGUUAUUCAAACAAUAUGAACUGUUAUACUGAACUAAACCAUUUUUAUAUACCGUAAAUACUGAGUGAACUAAUUAUUUUACCCUUGAAAAAAAUAUUUUUUUGGAUUUUCAAUAGUUAUAAAAUUGUUUUCAAAUACAUGUUGAAUAAGUUUCUUACAUUGAAGUGAAACUAAGAGGGCCGCCCCAAAAUGAACAUACAUUUUGCAAUGACGCUGCACGGUUCGAUGCUUUUUCCGCCAUCCUAGUAUCAGAGUGUUUCUACACCCGGUAUACAUCCAACUACAGCAACAGAAUUGUUUUAUCAAUAGUUGUCUGAUGUGAAGUGUAACAACAGUGCUAUCUUUGCAGACUGUCCCGCCAAUAAUUGUAAAUGAGCUGUGUAAUCAGAUUUUUGUUCGCAAAAUUUCACACACCAAUUAAUUGUAAUUUAUCGCCAGGUUUGGGAUUUUUAUGGCAAAGGAGUAAUGAGCCUAGUGGUUAGUCGUGCAUUGAAUUAAAGUCGUGCUUUAAAAAUUAAUUAAAACCUUUUUUACUCUUCGUCGCAAGUCUCAGUUUUUUUAUCGAUCAAAACUUUGGAAUCCAUUAGAAACCAAAUUUCUGUGGACCAAGUUUUUUAUGCAAUUUUAUGAACCAAGCUCCGUGAAAUUAAGGGAAAAUGUUAUUGUAAAUAUAAUUGUGAAACCCUGAUUUUCACAAAUUUUUGGUUGUUGACUCCCUAUCAGUUCAACAGCCAAUAGAAUAGGCCUAACACUGGUCAUGAUUGUGAACAUUUGUUUGGAUAAUUUUAACAUUAAUUCUCCAUUUUCUUACACAGCCUUUAAUUACAACUACUUUGUUAUGAAUAUCACAAAUCUGCUGAUUUAUUUCCAUUUGCUUUGGAUUUUUCAACAAAAAACUUAUCACAGUACAACUCGCAGGAUUUCCAAUGACAAUUUAACACUUCACUUCAGACAAUGUACGAGAGAUUAUUCGCAUGCCCCUAUGGCUGGAUGCAUACUGAGUGUAGGAACGCACUAAGACGGUGGCAGUAGAGCCGCCUCUAGCGGAAUAGAUGCGAAACAUCUGUUACUUUCUGGACAGUCCUUGUAUUUUUUCAACUCGUUGAAGCUACAUAAAUUGAAAGUAUGAAUUUAAUGUGUCUAAUUUGAUCAUUUACAUUUACAGUUUUGCCAUACAUUUAAAACUGCUAAGCCAACAUCGUAGUUUGUCGGUGUCAAAUUUUUUGUCAAGAUUCAUUUUGGUUCUUUAACUUAUUAAAAUGUUAACCUUUCGCAUGAAUUGAUAAAUUUUCCAUACUUUAUUGUAACUAAAUUAGGUAUCACUAAAGAUUUGAGUGGAUUUGUAUGGCCACAAAACACAAUACUGUUCAGGAACUAUGACGGAAACUUAAUCUUGGUCAUUGAUGGAUUAAAGCCCGAAUAUAAAAUUACAUUUUACAGAUUUGGCCUUGCUUAAAAAUUACAGUUUUAGCAUUUUGACAUUUUAUAUGAUUGGAAUUGGAAGAUUGUGUUAAGUUUUUUGUAAAUAACUAUUUCUAGUACAAAUUUGAGGAAGUCUUUCACUUGUUUAUCCUAAUGUUAAAAUUUGUGUUUUCAAACUACUGUAUCUAUUUAAGAAUGUGUUUGUUAAGGUCAAUUAGGAAUGACAAAAAAGUUUUAUUUAAAAAGAGUUCAACCGAUCUUAGUUUUUAUUUAUAACUAGAAUCUAGAAAGAGUUCAAAUAUAUUAUUAAACUGUUGCAGUCAUGUUUCUUCAAAACAAUGUUUAAGCACAUAGUCUCUACAACUGUUUUCUACUAUGUUUUUUGAUAAGAAAUAUUAAUUUUAAUCUACCUGUGUGUUGGUAGGUUUUCAGUUUUUAUCUUUGGUAAUGUUAUUAAACUAAACCUACUAAACCUUUUUCUGUCCUAAAAUUAAUCUGUUUUUCUUGGGAUUUCAGUACCUAAACAUAAUAUUGUAGUGAUUUUAAAGUAACGUAACAAUAAAUCAGUAUUAUUAACAUAUUGGUACAGUCAUGCUAUAAUUUAUUAAUAUAGCAACUAUUUUCAUGAAGCCGGUAGCGGCAUAUAGAUAUCCUGUUAAGCUGCAUGUUAUCGUAGUUAAAUGCAAUAUAUACCGUUGAACCAUGAUGUUUUAUGUGAUUGUUAGGUACUGUGUAAAUAAACAGAAACAUGUCAAUAAUAGAAACAGUUAGCUUUCUCUAUUUAGGCGAAGUUUUAUACUGGCUCAGUCAUGGGCGAAUGUCAGAAAUGUUGAAAAGGUUGAAACCCUUUUCAGGUUUUUGCUGCUGUUUUGGUUAGUUUUAAUAGUUUUACUAAUAACUCACUUGUAGAAUCCACAAUUUGUAAUGCUUAUAAUAAUAGAUUUUAUGGGAUAUUUUAAAUGGUGCUGUCCUUAAAUACUUUAAGCAAUGAUGUUUUUAAAUAUUUUUUCCUUAAAAUAUGACAUACUUUAUUUACUACUACUACUACUACUUUAUUCACCCUUGUUUUAAAUCAUUAUUCACAUAGGUUUUUGUGUUGUUCAAUAUGAAUGAGUGCUGAGUGUGCACAUUUAGACUUUGGGUGCUUUUAAUUGUUUUAAACUGUUCACUUAAUGGUUAGAUGGGAUCGUUUUAUAAUCUAAUUGAUCAUAAAAUUACUUGUUCCUUUGCUAAUAAGUAGGCUAUAUAAUUGUUUUAUAUUAUGUGUACCCUAAAUUUAAUUAAUGUUGCCGAAACAAUUUGCAUCUAAAUUUUAGAAAGUAUGUAAUGUUUUUAUUUUAAUAUUGCUAGAAUGAUGUUGAGAUUUUUAGUGAUCACAAGGCUGAUUUUUAAAUGCAAAAGAAUGCAUCUUAUAAUUCUUUGGUUUAUUUUCAGUGUUUAAAAUACAAUAAUACAUUGUUAAAACUUUGGUAGCUACAUUCCAUUGGUCAUCUUGCCAAGCUAAGAUCAUAAUCGUCAGCAAGAAUAUUUAAAAAUUCAAGUGUUUGAACUCUUUUCAGUUCUAAGCCAAAUAUUUUUCCAUCAAAAUUGUUUAUGAAGUAUCUAUAAUUUAUCACCUAGGCAGGUCUCGAUAAUGAAAAUUACUAUUUUUGUUUCAAUAUCUUUGUUGCAAUGGUAUUGUUAAAUAGGCCUAGUAUUUGAACACUGUUUUACUAUGCAAAUUGGUCAUCUGCCAUCUUUUAGUGGACAAAAUUAUGAUAGCUUUUAGUUUUAUUCUUGUUUACCACAUUGUAAAAACAACAAUUCAAAACCAUUGAAGGGAUCAAAACUCAUGAAUUACAUUUAAAAUGCUUAGUACUGAAAGAGUUCAUCGAACGAAUAUCAAUGUUUUCUAUUUUAAAAUUUUGUUUACAGUUUUAAUUUGCAAAAAGAUAUUUGAUUAUUUUGUUUCAGUCCUUGACACCUAGUUUUCUUGUUUAGAUUACUGUUACGUUGUAAAUAUGCAGCUGCAAGUGGCCAACUGUUAAAUGAUAAGGUGUAUUGUAAAAUGAUGUAAAUAACUGAUUAGGGUUGAUUGUAGGUUUAGUGCAAGGCUGCUGCAACUUUGGGGAUGGGCUCGCUUUUUUGCAUUUUUUUACCAGGAAUGGAGGGUUCUUAAUUGUUUGAAUUUUUUACUCAAGUUGUUUUUUGUUUGUUAGAUCUAGAUCUGUGUAGAUCGUAAAUAAUGUUGAAAAAAUAAUGUUAUGUCAAAUGGCAUAUAUGUCCUCAUGAAAUGUUUUUUUUUUUAUGUAAUGAUAACAUUUUGAAAUUGCGUAUCUCCAUUUCUGGUUUCUGAAAGUAAGGUAGUUUAUUUUAAUGCAAUUUUUAUGUAGUUUUUUUCUUCUCAGGUUUUAGUAACUUUCUCAGGUUUAGUUUCGGCUCAUCCUAAAGUCCCAUGACUGUGAUGACUGUUAUUUAUAAGGUGAAUAGAUUUCCAAGUAUUUUUGUAAAAGUGAUGUAAAUUAACUAUUGAAAUAUUCAGUGUUGUACGUUAUACUAUUUAUUUGGGUGCUUUUGAAGUUUGUCUUUGGAACCCUUUAGAUUUACUCACCUGGGGUGAACAUAAUAUGUUUAUUUAACUACUGUAAUUCCACCAGGAAAGUUAAAAAUCUCACCAACCCUAAUGACAUAACCUUUUACUUUGAACUUCCCCUAUGUCCAUGUCAUGUUCCGAAGCUAAAGCAAUUAUCAAAAAUAUAUGUCUUAGCUAAGUAGUAAGUUAACACCUCUAUUACUAGCUUCAGACUUUGAUGUAUACAUUGUGUGUAUCAUAAUGUUUCAGUGUAAUAGAUGAAUCUAUCAAAAUAAUAGUGGACUGAAAGCAA